AUGUACCAUUGGUUUAAUGUUAACUCAAAAUUGAAAAAUUUCAGUCUACUUAUGGUCAUGUCAAUACUAGUCCCAGGUUUAUCUACACCCAUACCCAUUAUUUCUCAAUCCAAAGACUUUCAAAUCAAUGAAUGCAAUUCUAGUAUAACCCACAUGCAACAACUUGACGUUCCCUAUCAUAAAAAUGGUACUUUGCUAAAUUUCAAUGAGACCAAUUCCACAAACAACUGCUUAUAUUAUGUUCCUGACUCAACUGUGCACAACAAAACCACAAAAUCAAGAUCAGAUACUAAUAGAUUUGCAAGAUUUAGUACUUGGUUAUUGGUUAUCUUAUUUUCAAUAUUAUCAACAGUGAUUGCAAUUGUAUUUUGGCCAGUAUUAUCAGAGCAAUGGGGUAUUAUAAGGCAGAAAGUACCUCGCAUUAUAAGGGAUGGAAGGCAGAGAGGCCAAAGAAAGAGGUGGAUAAUUUGCAGAGUCAUAUUUCAUUAUAGAGUAUUGGGAUUUAUUUUCUAUUCGUUGGUCUACAUAGUUCUAUCUAUACCUGGUGCUGUUGUCUUGCUGAUUGUAUAUAUGAUUAUUGGGAUCUGCUAUUUAUUUGGAUGUGAUGUCACCGAAGGUAAUGAUACAAAUCAUAAUGGCAAUAAUAACUCUAGCCCUGGUGACAAUGACAGGGGCAAUUACCAAAUGCAAAAUAUGGAUAAUGGAAAUAAUGACCAUAUGUUUCGUGCUUCUCCAUAUAACAGAGUUUACCGACCAUUAGAUGGAAUAUUGGACUCAGUAAAAUACUCAGGUCGAUGUGUUAAAAGAUCAGAACUUGAUGCAUAUGAAUUUGAUGGGGAAGUAUUGAAAUUGGCUGCACUGAGUUUUUUCAUUCCAGAUGAAAAUUUUUCCAAAAGAGCUUUCCAUUAUGAUUUAACCUCUGAAGAUUUCAAAUUAGACCAUCAAGAUUCAUGUUUAAUAUGUCUUGAAACUCUUCGACCUUAUGAUUUUUUAAUUAUAUUACCAUGUGAUCACAUAAUACAUUUUGGAUGUUUAGUAAGAUCAAGAACUACCCAAUUGGAAAAUGCAUUACCUGAAGACACGAUGAUGAGAUGUCCAACAUGCCAGUUAAAUUUCGUUAGACUUGUGCAAUACUAUAAAGAACAUAGAUAUGAUCCUAAAAAGGUUCCAUUUUUCAAUAGAGAAUGA